AUGUUUAAGAAGGAACUCCAGCCCUCCCCCAAGCAAAAGCUCAAGUCUUCCGUCCAGCGAUCACUCCGCUCGGCCCUACUGUCGACAUACCCCCUCCUGGAGCCGUACAUAGACGGCGUGAUGCCGAAGAAGGCCUCCCUCGAGAGCAUGAAGCUCCCCGACCGCAACACCCUCUAUGUACUGGACUCGGUGCCCCUCUUCUACCAGCAGGACGGAAACGGCGCCGUCAUCCCCCACCUCCGUCUCGUCCACCGGUACCCCCAGGCCUUCCCGACCAUACGCAUAGACAGGGGCGCCAUCCGCUUCGUCCUCUCGGGCGCCACCCUCAUGGCUCCCGGCCUGACCAGCAAGGGCGGCAGGCUGCCCGUCCAGGGCGCCCCCAAGGGCCUCCAGGAGGGCAAGGAGAUGGACCAGAGCUGCGACGACGACGGGAGGUGGUCCAGGGAGCUGCUCAAGGGAGAGCCCGUCGUCAUCAUGGCAGAGGGAAAGACCGAGGCUUGCGCCGUCGGCACCCUCGUCGUCGGCACCGACGAGGUCAAGGCCAAAGGGAAGGGACCCGUGGUCGAGGACGCUCAUUUCCUCGGUGAUGGCCUGUGGAACAUCAAUACCGAUUAG